GACCAGUUCAAUUAAACUAGUUCACAUUUGAACAGUGCAACUCUAGUUUUUUUUUUUUAAUACAUAUGUGUUUUAAAAACAUAUGCAGAAUCGGGCAAAUAAAACGGAUAUAACCGAUUGCACAGGAUCAAGGAUAGAUCAAAUAAGCCGACAACGUUGAGGGCGACUGCGACUGCGAGAGAGCGACCAUGGUGUGCAGCGCGUGUGCGUGUGUGUGUGUUUUGUACCGUGUUGUCUGAUUGUGUGCCGUUGUUGUUUUUGUUGUUGUUCUUGCUGUUGCUGUUGUGCGUGUGGUCGACGGAGGGACAGUGGGACACAACGGCAGUGGACAAUCCGGUGGCGGAGCAGUCCGGUGGGCAGGAGGGCAGGAUUAGCCGCAACAUCCUUACCCCGAAACAAUAGCAAGCUGAAGCGCAGGAAAGCAAGAGAAAACAACAAAAAAGCAAGAAAGGAGAAGCAGAAAACAAAAACAAAGAAGAGGUUCGGAGUUUCCAUGUCGCCAACUGCGGGCCUUUGAUGCCCUCGCAGGUCUACCGAGGAGUGGACACCACCAACAUGCUGCCGAUCAGCGAGGAGCAGCAGCUGCAACAGCAGCAGCAGCAGCAGUUGGACCAACUGCAUCAUCAGCAGAUACCAGAGAUUCCAAUACCAGAUCUAGAUCAAGUCGAGACCCAGGUGGGCGAUGGCAGCCUGUGGACCGCUCUGUAUGACUACGAUGCCCAGGGCGAGGAUGAGCUGACCCUUCGGCGCGGCGAAAUCGUCGUGGUCCUGUCCACGGACAGCGAAGUAUCUGGCGAUGUGGGCUGGUGGACCGGCAAGAUUGGAGAUAAGGUCGGUGUCUUCCCCAAGGACUUUGUCACCGAUGAGGACCCGCUGCAACUGAAUGUCUCGUCCGCCAUUGGCGACAUCCAGCCGCAUGAGAUCGAGUACAGUGAGCUGGACAUCAAGGAAGUCAUCGGUUCCGGUGGCUUCUGCAAAGUCCAUCGUGGCUACUACGAUGGCGAAGAGGUGGCCAUCAAGAUUGCCCAUCAAACGGGCGAGGAUAAUAUGCGGGAUAACGUACUGCAGGAGGCCAAACUAUUUUGGGCCCUCAAGCACGAAAACAUAGCAGCCUUGCGAGGAGUAUGUCUGAAUACCAAACUUUGUCUGGUGAUGGAGUACGCCAGGGGAGGCAGUCUUAAUCGCAUACUAGCUGGCAAGAUACCACCCGAUGUCCUAGUCAACUGGGCCAUUCAAAUAGCCAGGGGCAUGAACUAUCUGCACAACGAGGCGCCCAUGUCGAUCAUACAUCGCGACCUCAAGUCCUCCAAUGUGCUGAUCUACGAGGCCAUCGAGGGCAAUCAUCUGCAGCAGAAGACGCUCAAGAUCACGGAUUUCGGCUUGGCCAGGGAGAUGUACAACACGCAAAGGAUGAGUGCGGCGGGCACGUACGCUUGGAUGCCACCGGAGGUCAUCAGCGUUAGCACCUAUUCCAAAUUCUCCGAUGUUUGGAGCUACGGUGUAUUGCUGUGGGAACUGAUAACGGGCGAGACGCCGUACAAGGGCUUCGAUCCGUUGUCCGUGGCCUACGGCGUGGCUGUCAAUACGCUGACCUUGCCCAUACCAAAAACCUGCCCAGAGACCUGGGGAGCCCUGAUGAAAAGCUGCUGGCAAACGGACCCGCACAAGCGUCCUGGCUUCAAGGAGAUUCUCAAACAGCUGGAGAGCAUCGCCUGCUCCAAGUUCACCCUGACGCCUCAGGAGUCCUUUCACUACAUGCAGGAGUGCUGGCGAAAGGAGAUCGCGGGCGUGCUGCACGAUUUGCGCGAAAAAGAAAAGGAACUGCGCAACAAGGAGGAGCAGCUGCUCAGGGUGCAGAACGAGCAGCGCGAGAAGGCGAAUCUCCUGAAGAUUCGGGAGCAGAAGCUGCGCGAGCGUGAAAUGGUGCUGAUCGAACGGGAGCUUGUCAUGAUGCAGCCGGUGCCAUCGAAACGCAAGCACAAAAAGGGCAAGAAGAACAAACCGCUGCAGAUAUCGCUGCCCACGGGCUUCCGGCACACGAUUACGGCCGUACGCGACAAGGCGGAGCAGCCGGGAUCACCUUCCUUCUCCGGAUUGCGCAUCGUGGCACUGACCGAUGGGCACAAGGGCAAGACGUGGGGCCCGUCGACGAUGCACCAGCGGGAGCGAUCCCUACUGCCAUCGCAACUGGGCGGCGGUCAGCCGGAAUGGCCCGCCCAGACCUCAACCCACUCCUCGUUCAGCAAGAGUGCUCCGAAUCUGGACAAGAAGCAACAGCAGCAGCAGCAGCAGAACCAGCAACAGGUGGCCUCGCUGACACCGCCGCCGGGCGUGGGAACUUUGGGUGGAGGUGGAAGUGGAGGCGCUGGUGGGACGCCGGCCACGUCCUUGUUGUACCCAGGUAUACCCUUUAUACUAACGCGCCCCAACAACAACAACAUUGGCAAUUGUAAAGCCAUCACCACCACCAUCACAACCACGACCACCACCACCACCAACAACAACAACAACAGCAUCUCCGCCAACAACAACAAUCAGCUAAAUAAUAAUAGUACUAUUAAUAGCAAUAACAAUAACAGUCAAACUAACCUAACCACCCAACCGAACACGAUAAUCGUCCUCCAGAACGGGCGGAGCAACUCCAACAGCAGCACCAGCCAAUCCCCAGCCAAGAUCUACCAUCGCGCCAGGAGUCAGGAGUACGGACUGGAUCAUCCGCAUGCCUAUCAGCCGCCACCGCUCUAUUUGGUAACGGAUGACAGCUCGGAAACGGACACUGUGGCCAGUCCGACCGGUUGCUUUCACUUCCUGCGGCCCGGCAACUCGUCCGCGGCCAGUGGUGCAGUGCAUCUGCAUCGCUUUGGCGGCAGUCUGGGCAACAGUCCAGCUGUGGGCCGAAAGAAGCAUUCGCUGGACAGCAGCAGCAGUCAUCAUCCGCCCCCACCAAACAGUAGCAAUAGCUUUGCACUGCCCAACCAGUUAACUCUGCCAUCGGAGGACAACAAUACGUAUGACCAUGCCUUCUAUCGGGAUGUGAUCAAGAAGAUGUCCAUGGCCAGCAGCGAACGGGUGAACUCCAAGUCCAGUGGCGACCUGACCAUGUACAACUCCAGCACACCGCUGACUGCCAGGGACUGCGAUGAUGCGGAAGAGGCCUUCGAGGGCGGACGCUUUCAGCGUAACUUCUCCGGCUCGCAGUUUCCACGGCACUGCUUCUUCACCAGGCAGGAGGAAGAAGGGGAAGCGGAGGAGGCGGAGGUGGACACCGCAGAGGCGGAAGCCGAAGACGACAGUCAAGUGCCCGUCAGUCAGAUGCGCCAGAACUCCACCACCUCGCGCAAGAGCUCAGUGACCUUCCAGAGCGUCAGUUUCGAAGAGCCAGAUUUCGUGACCACGCCACGAACGACUGCCAGAUCGGAUCUAUACACAUCCAAUGCCUCCAUUAGCUUCGCCACCUAUCGCUCCGCCUCGCCAUCGCUGUCCUCGUCCUCCACCACUGCAUCCGCCUCCGCCUCCAUUGCUUCCACCGAAGCCGUAAACGGCUAUCACAUGCAGGAGAACUCGAUACUGAACACACGGCGGAUGCAAGACGUUCAGCCGCAUCCCGAUGUCAUCAAGCUGAAGGAACACUUGCGGGCCCAGGAACAGCGCCAGCAGAGCAAGAACCAAAAGAAGCAGCGGCCCAAGCACAUUACCAAAUCCAAGAGUGUUGAGGCGCCUGUCGAGGGGCAGCACCAUCAUGAUGACCACAUUGAUGCCCAGCACCAGCAUCACUCGGCUGGAUCGAGCAAAAUCCGCGCCUUUUUCAAUCUGUUCACGCGAUCGCGCAAGCAGUACAGCAAGCUGGCGGAGCACAACAUGGUCGGUGGCUCCGAGUUCUGUGCCAUUGAUCCCUAUCAAACCGAUUUGGCCAUGGGCGGCAGCAGUCGCUCCCUGAAGCGCAAGGGCAAGAAGCCGCAGACGCAAUCCUGCGAGCAACUGGAGCGAUGCUAAAGUGUGCCACUGAAGCAGGAGUUGGGAGCUGUGCUGCUGUUGGAGUUGGCCGCCAGAUGAGAACCGCCUAAUUAGCUCAUUGUUUUAUAUUAAAACUGUAGACUAAGUCAGACGCAACAGAUAAAAAGAGAUGAAACACCAGACGACAGAAGGACUUCCUCUGAGGAUUAGCCAUAGCUAAUGUGACAAACUAGGAGGGCCCAGAUACCCAGAUACCCAAAUUCCUCCCCGUCUAACGAAAUCACUAAACACAAAACCAAACUCCCCCGUCCGAGGUUGGCAUAAUAAUAAUAAUAAUAAUAAUACAUAAUAACCGAAUUGUUCCUAACGAAUGCAAUAUGAUGAUAUGCGAACUUCACACACACACACACACAAGUUAUCCUAAUUAGUCCAGUGAUUUUUUGCCAGGGGAGCAAAUUGCAGGCUAGAAAAUUGCAAAAAUAGUACAGAUGGAGGACGAACUUUUACGGAUCAAACGGAUAGACUAACGCCGCUUAUACGUAGACAUCACAAACAGAGAAAGAAAGUGAAAGAAAGUAAAACAUUUGCAUGGGCCAAUGGCAAAAUAUUGAACUAAACCAUAUACAUAAUAUAUACAUAUGUGUAACAAUUGGAUUAACCUUAAGGAAACCAUAUUGCUAUAUUUAUACCGAUGCGUAAGUGCGUCCUUACAUUACAUCACACACAUCUUAGUUGAACUAAGCUCUAGUUUUGUAGGAAUUCGAACUUUUUUUUGUGUCCAGCGAGAAGCCUUCUCCUUUUCUCCAGUUCUCCAUUUCUCCUUCUAUGUAAGAGAUAUUUUCAAAAUUUCCAUCGCUUUCCGCAUUUCGUUGUGGCCUACACUUAACGAAAAACUCGCAAGACGAUUUGCGGUGCACUUUAAUUUUAAUUUUAUAUUCGACUUUUUUGGUAUUUUGAGCACAGUUUUAUUUACAUUUAUUAUGCAAUCGGGUUUUCCAUUUUAUUUAUUUAUGAUUUCUUUUACAAAAGCACAAGAGUAAUCGCGCAAAACAACAAACCACAACAACAACAACAAAAAAACCUGUGAUCAAAAAACGAUGAUGAAACGAAAAAGAAAUGAUAAUUUUUUUGUAUUAUUUUUAUGAAAAUUUUCAAUUGUAUAUUUAUACUUCAUUUUUACGAUCUGUUCAUUCUACGUUUAGUGCUCGAUUCUAUUUCAAUGUACUUUGUAUAUUAUUGUAUUUUCCAUGUUUGGGGCCAAGCCAUCCCAAAAAAAAAACAAAAAAUAAAAAGAACCAAUACCUAGAAACAGAAAUCAGACAAUAAAACCAACUUAAGACAA